GAAUGUUAGUUCCGUUGUGUCCAGGAAAUCCUCUUCGCUGAAGUGUAGCUACUCUGGACUCCAACUUACACCACUCUGUCUUUGAACAAAACGGAGCUGUUGGUUACUGGGAACCCGUGACUCCCCUUUUAAGCAGCUUUGGUGGUUAUUGAUUCAGUUCCAGGCACAGUUAGUCCAGCUAGUUAUGUCCUGUAUCUCUCCGCCUGACUUCCUUUCAGUCUUUUUGAAGGAGUAUCUUCUCCCACAUGAAUGUAUCCUCAUGGUCCUAUUUUGUGGGAACAUGGGAUGGAGCCUUCUCAGUGGCUGCCCUUGGGAUCUAAAACUCUCUUCCUGGGGUGGUUAUACUGGAACUAGAUUUAGUGAUAUGUGUUUCUUUUGUUUUAAUCUUUCUUAUUAGUCUCUUAUGUUUUAAUAGUGUCACUUCUGCAGAUAGCUUGUUUUUAAACUAUAAUUUGUGCAUGCAUUUAUUUUUGUGUCUUUUUGUUGUUGUUGUUCUACUUGUUCUAUUUGCUGUUAAUCACCAUGAGUCCGAGUCCUGAGGUGGGGGACAAGAGAUAAAAAUGAAAAAAAUAAUCAUAAUGAGGAUGUAAAUUUAGCUACCAUUUCCCAAGUUUUUUUUCUUCCCUCUUUCAUUUCCUAAUUCUGUCAAUAUGGUUUUGCAUCAGGCUGUAAAAAUGUCUCAGAUGCAGUUUAGGUUUACAAAGUGUAAGCUAACUGCUCUCAACCAUCUGGGUACUGAUUUUAGCAACUUCCUUGGAAGGAUACAAUCCUGAGUUGAGCUUGAGCCCUUUUUCUUGUAUUGAACUCGCAACCUUAUGGUUUGUGAGUGAGUGGUUGCAGUACAGCAUUUAACCACUGCACCACCAUGAAAGGAAGAUGAUGAAACACUAGCAGAAUCUGAGACUGUGUUUGUGUAUAUGAGGAGGAAUGCUCCAGUGCACCAUGUGGAGUUGAGCUGAGUGGAUGUCAUAACCUUACUGAACUACAGAUCCCAAAAUGCAACAGGCAGGCAGGCAUAGUAUUUAAAGCUCCCUAGCCCCGUUUUGAGAGUGUAAAGUGAAAAGCUCCUAAGAUUAAAUGCCUCUUCGGAAAAACCUCAGCAGGUGUGAGUGAAACUCUAUUCAGGAGCAGGAGUGUGUGUCUCCAGCUCCUUCCAGACUCUGCAGUGGCCUUUGUUUUCUUGGCUGGCAAUCUUCUGUGUAUGGACUCAGUUUUUCCCCAGAGCUCACAAAUUCUUCUCUUUUUCUCCCUCCUUUCCCAUUUCUGCUUUUGCUGCAGGACUUGUUUGUGAAAGAGAUGGCUGAGAAGGAGAAGUGUCCUUUUGAAUUCAGUCAGAGGCAGCGGCCAAAGUGGAUCACACAGGACAGAGAAGAAAUGUCCUCCUCAAUGAGAGGCGGAAUAAGGACAGGGUCUAAAUGUACAAGGACAUCUCUUCACCCUGAUGGACUCGGAACACCUUCUGGGAGGCUAGAUCAGGUGACCUUUGAGGAUGUGGCUGUGGAUUUCACGGAGAAGGAGUGGGCUCUGCUGGAUCCAGGCCAAAGGGUCCUUCAUCGGGAAGUGAUGGAGGAGAUUCUGGGGGCCCUGUCCCCUCUGAGCAGUGAUGGGCAACUGAAAGAGGGUAAAGAGAAGCCAUGGCAAGCAUUCAUGCAAAGAGACCUCUUCAAACAGGUAAAAGAGAAGGAAAGAAAAACUGGCACAGAAAAUGAGAGGAGAACCACAAUCCAAGGAACAAUACAGAAACAAAAGAAAAGAAGUAAAUAUCUUUGUCCUGCACAUGACAGAAGGUUCAGUUCUAAAGCAACUCUAUUCUAUGCAGACGAAUUCAGACAAAAGAGCAACCAAUCAAAGUGGUGAGUGUGGAAACAACUCCAGUUUUAUUCAGUU